CUGGAAUCGGCUGCUUCUGCCUGUUUCCCUCAGGCGCCCGAGCGACAUGUUAGGAAGGGAGCGGGCGGCGGUGUGUGCGCGGCGGGACCGAGCGAGCCGAGGAAGCCGCGCCGUGACAGGACUAGUAUGGGCUCCCUAGCGCGGUGCUGAGCACCCACAAGUCCCUGGAGCCGCCCUGGGGAUACGCGGGAAGGAAGGUGACGGUGCUCUGGGCCGGGACAAGAUGGCAGCAAGCUGAGUAUGCAGAGGGGCCCCGCUCACUGCCUGACAUGUCCGGCACAGCCCUGCACGCUGCACCUACUGCUGCUCUAUGAAGGUAUGGCCUCACAAGUUUUGGUGUACCCACCGUAUGUUUAUCAAACCCAGUCAAGUGCCUUUUGUAGUAUAAAGAAACUUAAAGUUGAACCAAGCAGUUGUUUGUAUAACAAAAGGAGCUACCAACGGACAGACCUGAAUGCUAGAAGCAUUGGAUUUGCACAACCAUCGAACAAGAAUAGGGCUCCUUUCCAGACAAAGAAUACAUCCGACAAACCUCGUCACCAGGCCGCUGUGUCCAAGACAAGUCCUGUCACAUUAAACACCAACACAGGUGCUUCAGGGGACCUCGCAGCGCAGGCGCAGCAGGAUCCAAAGGAAGAACUGACAGUUGGAACACCAGAGAGUGGGUCCGAUUUGUUAGAUGCUCAUCAACGAUGUGGAUUAAAACGCAAGAGUAAAGACUUUGAAAACCAGAACGGCACCAUGCAGAUCGUUGAUGAGUUAUCCAUACUGCCUGCAAUGCUGCCAAACAAUGCAGCAAACCAAGUGACUGUUGUGGCAACCACUGGAACUUCUAAGCAGAGUACAGCGAGUGGGGAUGGGGACUAUCAGUUGAUGCUACAUGAAGUCUUGUGCUCGGUCAAAAAUACCUAUGAGGUGCUUGACUUUUUGGGUCGAGGAACCUUCGGGCAGGUAGUCAAGUGCUGGCGACGGGGAACGAAUGAAGUGGUAGCAGUCAAGAUUUUGAAGAAUCAUCCUUCGUAUGCACGUCAAGGGCAGAUUGAAAUGGGCAUCUUGGCCAGACUGAGCAAUGAGAAUGCGGAUGAAUUUAACUUUGUGCGUGCGUACGAAUGCUUUCAGCAUCGGAACCAUACCUGCUUGGUUUUUGAGAUGUUGGAACAAAACUUGUAUGACUUUUUGAAGCAAAACAAAUUUAGCCCUCUGCCCCUGAAAGUUAUUAGGGCCAUCCUGCAGCAGGUGGCUACUGCACUGAAAAAGCUCAAAAGUCUUGGAUUAAUUCAUGCUGACCUCAAACCAGAAAAUAUCAUGUUGGUGGAUCCUGUUAGACAGCCUUACAGGGUGAAGGUAAUAGACUUUGGCUCUGCAAGCUAUGUAUCAAAGACUGUUUGUUCAACCUACUUACAGUCUCGAUAUUACAGAGCUCCAGAGGUCAUUUUGGGAUUGCCAUUUUGUGAAGCCAUAGACAUGUGGUCCCUGGGCUGUGUGAUCGCAGAGUUGUUCCUGGGAUGGCCGCUCUACCCGGGAGCACAGGAGUAUGACCAAAUCAGAUAUAUUUCACAGACACAAGGGUUACCUGGGGAUUCGCUAAUAAAUGCGGGUACAAAAACAUCCAGAUUCUUUUGUCGCGAGCCGGAUGCCCCAUACCCCAGCUGGAGGUUAAAAACAUUGGAAGAGCACGAAGCAGAAACAGGAAUUAAGUCAAAAGAAACUAGGAAGUAUAUUUUCAACAACUUGGAUGAAAUAGUGCACGUGAAUAUGAUGGUGGACCUCGACGGUAGUGACUUGAUGGCAGAAAAAGCGGACAGACGAGAGUUUGUAGCCUUGUUGAAGAAAAUGUUGAUGAUUGAUGCUGAUAAGAGAAUAAGUCCAGCCGAUACCCUGAGCCAAUCAUUCAUUACAAUGAAGCACCUGUUAGAUUUCCCCCACAGCAACCAUGUGAAAUCAUGUUUCUAUAUUAUGGAUGUUUGCAAGGCCCGCCCAAACGUGGGUGAUACAGCUAACCACAACAAGACCUCCAUCGUAAGACCGAUCACAUCUACAAACAUUGGCAGCAUGUCUGCUGGCUUUACCAAAAUUGGUACCAUUCGGGGUCAGGCUUUAACGACAUCUGGGCAUUCUGUUAUACACCAUGGAAUACCACUGCAGGCAGGAAGUGCUCCAUUUGGUUGUAACGAUGCUUUUCAGCAAACCUUGAUUUUGUGCCCUCCGGCUAUCCAAGGAAUGCCACCAAACCAUGGAAAGCCAACAAGUUACUCGGUGAGAGUGGACAAUGCACUUCCGUUGGUUACACAAGCCCCAGCCAUACAACCGCUGCAGAUAAGAGCAGGUGUUUUAACUCAGGCCUGGUCUAAUGGAACUCAGCCAAUAUUAGUUCCUGCUUGGCAACAGAUGACAACUAUAGCCCCAACAGCUUCAUCGCUUGCUUCUGACACUAUGGCUGGACCACAACGACUCGGAGACUGGGGGAAAGUUAUCCCACAUGGAAACCAUUACAACUCGAUGAUCAUACAGCCAAUUAUAACUAACCAAAUGACCCUAUCCGCCCCUCAGCCAAUCAGUUUAGGUAUUGCACAUGUGGUGUGGCCUCAGCCUGCAGCUAACAAGAGAAACAAAUUAUGUCAGAACAGGAUAAACGCAAUUCAGGACAUCGUUGUCCACAAUCCUGUAGUUGCCUCUCCAAAGAUAGUAAGCAGUGAAAACACCAGAGCGGAAGAAAGCAGUGCAUUACCGCAGGACAAUCAUGAGGAAAAGGAAGAAGAGCAGAGCUCCAGUAAUAACACCCAGGGGCCGGCCCCUGACACUUCUAUCCAACAGCAGCAGGCCAUUGUCAUUGGGGAUUCGCCGAGCCCUACAGUAAGCGUCAUCACUAUCAACAGUGACACGGAUGAAGAUGAUCCAGCUCAGACACUGUCACUGAGAGAGUGUAAGCGCAGUCUGGAUUGUGACACCUGCCAGAGCGCCCUGAAUGUUUGUUCCCUGAGUAGCCCUGACAGCACCCUGAGCACCAGUUCUUCAGGACAGUCGAGCCCAUCGCCAUGCAAAAGGCGAAACAGCAUAUCCGAUGAUGAACCAGAGAGCGGCUGCGACACUGUGAAUGGCUCCCCAAGUUCUGAUUCUUCAGGACACGACAGCCCCUUUAAGAACAGCUUUGUCAGGGAUUCCAACCAGAACACAGAGUCUCGGACUCCAGAGAAGACGGAUAGCAAGCCCGCAGUUUGCACCGUGGUGGUGCCGCCCAUCAGGAUAGAAAACCGCCAGUUUAACUCUCAUCGGGUGUCAAAUAAAGAUACAGUGUGCUAUCCUGUCAUCAAAGGCAGAUCUGCACCGGGUAGAAUAAACCAUCCAAAUUCAUUGGGGAGUCGGCAGCAGAAACUUGCAUCAGCAUUCCAGCAUCAACCACCUCUGAAUUACAGUAAAGUGCAACAUUUUGGAUCCGGUCAUCAGGAAUGGAAUGGAAACUAUGGGCACAUGAGGCAGCAGGCGUAUAUGCAACCCACAGUUGCUAGUCACCCUUUCACCCUCCAACAUGGCAGCCCAACUCACAGCGCUCUGCACGCGCAUCUGGCAGGAAGCACCCACAUUGGAGGACAGCCUGCUAUUCUCUCGUACCCCCCAUCCGCAUCGCUGAGCAGUGCCGCACCCGUAGCCCACCUUCUUGCCUCUCCAUGUACCUCAAGGCCUAUUCUACAGCACCCGACCUACAGUCUGUCUCACCCUAGUGGCAUCGUUCACCAAGUUGCGGUGGGCAUCAAUCCCCGCCUCUUACCCUCCCCAACCAUCCAUCAGACUCAGUUCAAGCCAAUAUUCCCAUCCCAUUCGUACAUCACGGCGUCUCCUGCUUACGCAGGAUUUCCAAUGAGCCCUACGAAACUCAGUCAGUAUCCGUACAUGUGAGAUCUCAAGAACGCUCGGAGGAAGAUCAAAGAUUCAGACUUAUUUCAAAGAAGAAUUUAAAAACAUGGCCUUUUAAUAAAUAUGCCAUGGCACAAGAAAUUAAGGAUAUUUUUUAAAAAAUCAUGUAGACUUGGGUGCAAUUUAAACAAUCUUGAGCUUUAAAAAAAGAAAAUGGAAAAAAAAAAAAUCACUUUUAAUGUGUUUUGCACAUUUGGUAUAAAUCGUCUUUGGUCCUGUUCUCUUCUAUAGUAAAUCUAGACAGGUGACUUACAGGGGGAGAAGCCCAAUUUCCCUCCUGCUAUUUUUUUAUACAAUUGCCUUCUAACUUGUGCAAGACACGUCUACAUUUGGGAAGCCAUUCAGUGUACAGGUUUAGAGCAACAAAUGCACACUAUGUCAGCAGUGUCCUAGUAAGUCGUUUGUAUUCUGUAUGUCUUGUUGUUUCAGUGUUGGGGUCACUUAGCUACGAAGUUGUUCUUCACAUUGCAUGAGUCUUUUUUGCAUGGGCAGAACAGAAAGUUGCCUAGACCUUGCUCUUAAAUGUUGUCGUCCGAAUACUAUCAGCUGCAUUGUAAACUGUUCCCACACAUAGUGCCUUAAAUAUUUGAGGUUGUCAAUGUUACUACUUAAUAUAUUCAUGUCGAGUUCAGCACUUAAACUUCAGAUCUGCUGAUAUAUAAAUAUCUAUUUUUUUGGAUAACUUGAGUAAUGCUCAGCUUUGAGGUUUUUAUUUUGUGUGCUUAUGAUUUUACGGUCUGGGUGUUUCUUUACCAACAGAACUCAAUGUUGUACUGUUGACGAGCUCUACUGUCCCGUUUCUUUUCAGAAUGACAUGUAGAUAUAGCUGAGUACUGAGUAGUCUUGAUUUGAUGGCGUUUAUUUGAGUAGGAACAACUGGCUGCACGGUCGGCGAUCAUACGGUCAACAGGCACUGCAAUAUGGUCCAAGCGGAUCCUAGAU